AGUUUACUGGUAAUCAAUGGCGUAACAUAAUAUGCAUACGUUAAAUUACUGGAAGAUUAUUAGUGCAACUGUGCCAAAUUUACGGAAACAAUGAGAUUCGAAAGUUAAAGUUGUAUUUUGGUUCAACCCAAUAGCCUAACAGUUCAAAAUGUCCGUUAACACGUAACAACAAUUGUAUAGUUUGUUUAUUUCAAAAAGUGAUAGCUGUGCUAACUAAUAGCGGAAUACAAAUGCUACCCUAGCAUAAUUACCCUAACUACCUGUCCACUAUUAACUACAUUAUUAGAUUCCGUUAAUAGGGUAAAGGGUAAACAAUCAUAUGAUGUAUCUACAAUAAAAUUGGAGUGACAGUGCAUGUAUAGAAUAAGUAAUUUAGUGCAUUGUCAAUGAUGUAUACAUCGAAUUUAAAACGCGACAUGAUCUUUGGCGAAAAAUAUAAAAAAGUUGAUUGUACAAAUACCAAAAGGCUUUCAGUGUUUCACUGUGCAAUGGAACAAACUUAAGUAUGGGUAGCAGAGGAAUCCGAGACAUUUCCACAAUAUUUCAUCCUCAACAAACUGAUGCUUCAACUAUUCUUGGUGACAAUCAGCAGAACCAUGGUUCUCGAAGUAAUACCGGCCAAGUUACUCAUGACAAUUCCGGUUGUGAGCAACAGCAAGGAUGCAGCGUCAUUGUUGGCUGUGGUGAUUCCGCGCCGAGUUGUCGUCCUAUAGAGACAAGCGGAAGUGGAGUCGCUGCUGAGGGAACUGGUGGUAAUCCAGGGCAUAAUACGGGCCAAACACAAGUUCAAUCUCAUAUGACCACGCCUCCAGUUACUUACCAACGAAGGCCUAAUUCUUUAUCCGCUUGUUAUGCAUCGUGUUGUGCUGAAUCUGCAAAAAAGAUAUACUUCGGUGUAUGUGUUACGAUAUGUGUCACAGCAAGUUGGGUCGGUGCAACGCAUUGUAUCAAAUAUUUAUAUUUUCACAAACUGGAAGAUCCAACCUACCCAUCGCCAUCGAAUUCAUCUGUCACAGGAUUACGCCAUCAACAUACGGUUCCAUAUAAUGCCCCUUUCUUUACAACUUGGUUUUGCACAAAUUGGGAAAUUCUAUACUUUCCAAUUUACUUUCUUUGCCAAGCUGCAAGAAUUAAAUGUAAUACCCCAUCUGAAAUAAUCGCAGAGAAUUUACGAGGAUUUCGCGAUAAAGGCUUCACCGGUGGUCGUUUUUUGAUCAGAUGUAGUCUUUUUUGCGGACUAUGGGUGAUCACAAACUAUAUGUAUAUUUAUUCGCUCAGGAUAUUACUAGCUACCGAUGUAAUGGCACUUUUCGCGACAAACGUGUCAUGUGUCUAUUUGUUAUCGUGGGUAAUACUCCACGAACAGUUUGUUGGAGUAAGGAUAGUAGCUGUAAUUUUAUGCAAUACUGGAAUUGCACUGUUAGCGUACAUGGACGGAAUAACUGGAAGCCCGACAUUGGGAGGUGUUGUUCUGGCAACAUCAGCAGCAGCCGGUUCUGCAGUUUAUAAGGUGCUGUUUAAGAAAGUUAUAGGAGAAACAACAUUUGGCCAAAUGUCUUUGUUCUUUUCUCUAAUCGGAUUGUGCAAUGCGGCGUUAUUGUGGCCAAUUUGUUUGGCUCUAUACUUUUCGGGUGCGGAGAGCGUACACUGGGGACGGUUACCAUGGACAGCAUUAAUUUUAGCGAGUGUUCUUCAUCUAGUUGCAAAUAUGCUUGGUAACUUCAGUAUCGCUCUGACAUAUGACUUGUUCAUUACACUGGGAUUAAUCACAGCUGUACCCGUGUCUGCUGCGUUGGAUGUUGUUUUAUAUGGAGCCCACUUUAUGGGUAUGAAAUUGGCAGGGAUGAUCUUUAUAGCGGUUGGCUUCUUUCUCGUGAUGUUUCCGGAUAAUUGGCCCGACUAUAUAACCAGACUACUUCGUACCACGGACACCCAACAUCGCAGAAGAACUGUUGUUAGAAGCCAAUGUUCGUCGCUACAACAACCGCAAUACCGGCUACGAAGUUAUGGCGUGUCAUCGGUUCAUGGUGAUGGCCAAAUGCUACUGCCAAUUAACAACAAUACCAACAGUCAAAAUAACAGUGACGAAUCGGCUAGCGGGGUACCAGCGACUGCUACCUCAAAGCUGACGCAUUGGCAUAGUGCCUCGUCCCAACAGAACAACACGGAUUCUGAAACCCUACCUCGUCGCAUCCUUACUUCCAUUUCAACCACGAUCUCGACCCCGAUCUCAACUUCAAUCUUGACCUCGACCUCAAACACGACGAAAAAUCAUCAACGUUCCCAUCUUCUUGGCCUCCAGCGUCAAUAACAAGGUAUGACAGUACUAAAGUUGCAGAUUCCGCGGUUCCCGCGUUCUUGCAAUCAACAGACCCUAGACUUGGAAACUUCCGUUCUCAUUGGAAAUGUAAUCGCCCAUUCAUUUCUAACGCAUUAUUCCUAUAAAAUGAUGCGGUCAGACAUAUUUUUUAAAAAAUAUUUACGCGAAGGUAGAAUUAACAUUAGAAUUAAACUAUUCCACAGGUUACGACGACACACAAAUCAGUCACAAUUCUGAUCGAAUGACGCUUUAGCAUAUACGAUUACGGACAGAAUUAAGUGGACGGGUAAAGGAAAUAAGUAUAAUUUAAAUUUAACCAAAGUAGUAUAACUAUUAUGGAAUUAAGUUUCAUAUAUUAUACAGGGUGUUCGGCCACACCUGGGAACAAUU